GGCGAGCGGGAAGGAAUGGCUUCUCCGGCGAGACGAAGCACACGAUUCUGCCUUGUGAUCGAGGAGGUGGUGUCGCCUGGACGGCUGGGCCGUGGGCCCCCGUGGGCUGCCGUGGGCCUUCGGCUCAAAAAGGUUUUCAAGCUCGAGCUCGGCUCGAUUCAAGCCGAGCCGAUAUCUCCUUUGGCUCUGGAAGCCGCAGCAGCCAUCUAUUACUGCGCCGCCGCCGCCUCCAACUUUUCGGUCGCCUUCGUCGUCUCCGUCAAAGCGACGCGAGCGCGAGAGCGAGGAGGAGAGCCCGAGAUCUCGGCGGCGGCGGCGGCGGCGAUGGCGCUCUCCGACCGCUCCCGCGAGUCGCUCCUGCCGAGCUUCCUCUACUCGACGGCGGGGGCGCGGCCGUACACCGCGGGCGGCGGCGGCGCCGCCUUCCGCCUCCCCGCCGCGGCGGCCCCGGGAGGUGUAGGAGGGGGCGCGCCGAUCGAGAUCCAGGCGCCCAGGGAGAAGAUCGAGAUGUACUCGCCGGCGUUCUACGCCGCCUGCACGGCCGGGGGCAUCGCCAGCUGCGGCCUCACCCACAUGGCGGUCACCCCGCUCGACCUCGUCAAGUGCAACAUGCAGAUUGAUCCAGCAAAGUACAAGAGCAUCACAUCUGGGUUUGGAAUAUUGGCUAAGGAGCAAGGAGUCAGGGGCUUCUUCAGGGGCUGGGUUCCCACUCUUCUUGGCUACAGUGCUCAGGGCGCCUGCAAGUUUGGGUUUUAUGAAUUCUUUAAGAAGUACUACUCAGACAUUGCAGGACCUGAGUACGCUCAGAAAUAUAAGACGCUCAUAUACCUUGCUGGCUCAGCUUCUGCGGAGGUCAUUGCUGAUGUGGCAUUGUGCCCUUUCGAAGCUGUGAAAGUCCGUGUGCAGACACAGCCUGGAUUUGCUCGUGGGCUUGGCGAUGGGCUCCCCAAGUUCAUUAAAUCCGAGGGUGCCUUGGGUCUUUACAAAGGGAUUGUUCCUCUUUGGGGGCGUCAAAUUCCUUAUACAAUGAUGAAGUUUGCAUCCUUUGAGACCAUUGUUGAACAAAUCUACAAGCAUGCUGUUCCUGUCCCGAAGUCAGAGUGUAGCAAAUCAUUCCAGUUGGGUAUCAGCUUUGCUGGUGGUUACAUUGCCGGUGUCUUCUGUGCUAUUGUUUCUCACCCGGCAGAUAAUCUAGUCUCUUUCCUGAACAAUGCCAAGGGUGCUACAGUGGGUGAUGCUGUUAAGAAGCUUGGUCUCUGGGGUCUAUUCACUCGUGGACUGCCCCUACGUAUUGUCAUGAUCGGUACCCUUACUGGAGCUCAAUGGGGAAUUUAUGAUGCAUUCAAAGUCAUGGUUGGAUUGCCAACUACCGGUGGUGUUACGCCAGCACCAUCCACUUCAGAUGCUGGAUUGAAAGCUGUCAGUGCCUGAUUUUCUCAUUAGGACAACUUGGUUAUUUUUGGAACUUAUCGUUCUUCAUGGAUGGAAAAUAUAUUGGUCACAUGAGUUCAAUUAUAUUUUUGUUUAAAAUUUUUGUAGAGGAUGACUAUGUCAUCUUUGGAAUGAGAGGAACUCGUUAAAACAGACAAUGAUAUAUUUUUUUUGUCCAAGUGUAAGUUCUAAUAUUUGGUAUAAAAUAAGAUUUAGGAACUUGGUAUUCCCUCCGCCCCUAAAUAUAAAGAAUUUUGGUUGAAUGUGACACAUCCUAAUACAACGAAUUUGGACAGACUUCAUGUCCACAUUCGUUGUAAUAGGAUAUGCCAUAUCCAAGCAAAAUCUAUAAGGGACGGAGGGAGUAUAAAAUAAGAUUUAGGAACCCAGAUGGUUAGCGCACAGGUUGUGUUCCAUUUCCUUUACCACCAUAUUCAUAAAUUUAAUUAUUUUAUACUACUCUACAUGUAUCUUUGGGGCAUUCCCCAUUUUACGAUGUAAAUUACUCCUUGUUCAGUUAUUCAUCUUCUGUUCCCCUCA